AUGUAUUCAGCAAGGCUAUCCAUCGGCUCAGUGCUGAAAAAAGCAGGAAAUUUCUCGUUUUUGGGCAAAAGAUUGGCCCAUUCUCAUGCAUUGUCAAAUACAGUCCACGAUAUCGUCGCUCACUCUGGGACUGCGAAGGAAGGCGAAUCAGUGACGGUAAAGGGACAUAUUAGGAACGUAAAAACUAUGAAAAGUCAUGCAUUUAUUGAUGUUUCAGACGGUGCUACCCACCACGCGGUCAAUAUACUUCUCCCAGACCCCAAGCUCACCACAGACUUGCACUUGAAAGUGGGUCAGGCUGUCGAAGUUGUAGGCGAGUUCAAGAAGCUGGAGGUGAAAGACAAUGUUAACGAAAUUCACUGCAAAGAAAUGACAGUGAUCGGGAAUGUGCCCGACAAGUACCCCAUACAGAAGAAGGCCACUAGCAUGGAUUUCUUGAGAACGUUGCCUACUUUGAGGCAUCGUACUGCUACUGUUGCGUCGGUGUUUAGGUUUAGAUCAUACUUGGAAGGCUGCUUCAUGGAUUUUUUCAGAUCUGAGCUGUUCAUAAAGGUGAGUCCACCAACUCUCACAUCCUCAGACUGCGAAGGUGCUGGCGAAUUGUUUUACGUAGGUUCUACAGGGAAGAAGAAUUUCUUCAAGAAAAACGCCUACUUGACUGUAUCCACUCAAUUGCACCUUGAAGUGUUAGCGGCUUCGUUGAACAGAGUCUGGACCCUUACUCCUUGCUUCAGAGCUGAAAAUUCGGACACAAACCGUCAUUUGAGUGAGUUUUGGAUGCUAGAAGCUGAAAUUAGUCACGUAGAACAUGUCCACCAAUUGACUCAAUUUGCACAGAAAAUGCUCCAGAGUGUGGUUCAGCUGAAGGGAGAGGCUAGUAAGACCGUUGUGGGAGGGUUUGAAGACAUGUCUCUGUCGUAUAGAAGCCAAGAGAAGGUAGACAUCCUAUCGCAAAGAUGGAAUACACUAUUGGAAGACCAACAAUGGCCCACUAUAACGUAUAAGCAAGCACUUGAGAUCAUCAACGAAAAUAAGGGCCAGGAAACGGAGCUCCAGUGGGGUGACACGCUAACAACAGAACAUGAAAAAUGGUUGGCUGGAACCCAUUUCCAAAAGCCAGUUUUCGUCACCGACUAUCCUAAGUUCCAGAAGCCUUUCUACAUGCGCCAAUCGUCGCCAGAUGUAUACGAUUCUGAACAGCCGACCGUGGCCUGCUUUGACUUAAUUAUUCCAGAAAUUGGCGAAUUAAUAGGAGGCUCCCUAAGAAUUCACGACUACCAGGAGUUGACUAGAGAGAUAGAAUCUAGGGGAAUGGACAAGAAGGCUUUGGACUGGUACAUUGGCUUACGGGAAAACGGUACAGUGCCUCACGGGGGGUUCGGUAUGGGCUUCGAGAGAUUGGUAAUGUACUUGUCUGCCCAAGAUAACAUUAGAGAUGUAAUUGCGUUCCCUAGAUUCCCUGGUCUGUGCAAUUGUUAG